CCCCAGCCUCUCUUCUUAAUGAGGCAGAAACCGGAGCUGCCACCCAGCUCCAGCGCUGCAACUUUCGCUCGGGCUGCUUCUCUGCAGAGAACGGUUUUGUUUAAAUCAUGGGAGGCUUCAUUAUUUUUAUGAUGAGACAUGAAAUAGAUGCGGGCGGACCAUGGAGAAGGAAGGAGGGCGAGCGGCUGCGGCGCGCGGUGGCUCAAGUAUACAAAUGCUCUCAGUCCAGCCAGACACCAAGCCGAAAGGUUGUGCUGGCUGCAACCGGAAGAUCAAGGACCGCUAUCUCCUAAAGGCACUGGACAAAUACUGGCAUGAGGACUGCCUGAAGUGUGCCUGCUGUGACUGUCGUUUGGGGGAGGUGGGCUCGACCCUGUACACUAAAGCUAAUCUUAUCCUUUGUCGCAGAGACUAUCUGAGGCUCUUUGGUGUAACUGGAAACUGUGCUGCCUGUAGUAAGCUCAUCCCUGCCUUUGAGAUGGUGAUGCGGGCCAAGGACAAUGUUUACCACCUGGACUGCUUUGCGUGUCAACUUUGUAAUCAGAGAUUUUGCGUUGGAGACAAAUUUUUCCUGAAGAAUAACAUGAUCCUUUGUCAGACGGACUACGAGGAAGGUUUAAUGAAAGAAGGUUAUGCACCCCAGGUUCGCUGAUCUAACAUCAACACCCAGUUAAGAGUAUAAAGCACUACAUUCUUUUAUCUUUUUUGCUCCACAUGUAUAUAAAAAUUGACACAGGAACCUACUGAAUAGCGUAGAUAGAGGGAAGCAGAAUGGUUAUAUGGAAUAAAAGGCGGACUGCAUCUGUAUGUAGUGAAAUUGCCCCAGUUCAGAGUUGAAUGUUUAUUAUUGAAGAAAAAAAGUAAUGUACAUAUUGCUGGAUUUUUUUGCUUGCUAUUCGUUUUUGUGUCACCUGGCAUGAGAUGUUUAUUUUGGACUAUUGUAUAUAAUGUAUUGUAAUAUUUGAAGCACAAAUGUAAUACAGUUUUAUUGUGUUACCA